CUCUAUAGUCCAUAUAGGUACCUACUGUUGUUCUAUCGAAUAUAUUUUGUGCGUUUAUAAAUCACAACAUCAUGGCUAAGAUUCUAUUUUUGGUUUCCAUAAUGCUUCUAAGUUUUUACUUAACGGAACAAGCAAAAUCAUCACACGAUGGCAAAUCAGACAUAGAAGCUCAUACAGUGAAGGCCGGGGAAAGUUUUGGUCUCAAUUCAGCGAAAGAAGAAAAUUUGAUGUUGUUGGGAACGAAAGAAGUUGAUACUAAAUCAAAGAUGCUGUACAAAACCCGCGAUCCCAGGUACGUAAUAGACAACCGGAAUCACAAGGAAUUUGACGCAAGAAAACGCUGGCCCAAAUGCAAAACGAUUGGUGUAGUCCACAAUGAUGGAAACACCCGCUGGAGUUGGGCCUAUGCCACCACCGGGGCAUUCGCGGACAGAAUGUGCAUAGCGACUAAUGGUAAUUACAAUAAACUUCUAUCCACCGAAGAGCUGAUUGCCUGCAGUGAUGUAACUUUUAUUGGUGAUGCUUGGAAAUAUUUCGAAACUAACGGCUUGGUCUCCGGUGGGAAAUACAACACUAACGAUGGAUGUCAACCUUCGAAAAUGCCACCAAUUGGUAACAUACCAGCAUAUUUACACAAACAUACAUGUGAAAAGAGCUGUUACGGUAAUAAUACGGUCAAUUAUCACCAUGACCACGUAAAAGUUAGAAACCACUAUAAUGUUGUAUACAAAGAUAUUCAAAAGGAAGUGCAAACUUACGGUCCAGUGUCAGUAGUUUUCGCACUCUACGACGACUUUUUCCUUUACAAAAGUGGUGUUUACACAAAAACUAAAAAUGCAAAAUUGAUACGAAAUCAAUAUGCCAAGUUAAUUGGAUGGGGAGUCGAAAAUGGUGUAGACUAUUGGUUGUUGGUCAACUCUUGGGGACAUGAAUGGGGACAGAAUGGACUUUUCAAAAUCAAAAGAGGCACUGAUGAAUGCUACGUCGAAAGUUGGGUUUAUGCAGGUGAACCUAAAAUAAAAUAAUAUUAUGUUCUUAUAAAAUAAUAUUAUUUGUCAUUUUAAACCAACUUGAAACAUUAUUCAAAUACUUAUAAACAAUUUAUUCAACUAUGUAUUUAAUAAAUAAACUUUUAUUCAACGUUUACUGUUAUUUUAACAUCAAUAAAACUGUAUUAUUACAUUGACAAUUUAAUACGAGGUUUCUCAUAGUUGUUGUUAAUGAAAACUAAAAAAAAGUUGAGCGUAAAUCCACAAUAUUUUUAUUACGAGCAUCAAAAAUCAAGAAUAUUUGCAAAUUAUUUUGAGUUAGAAAUACAUAAAAAAAUUAUUUUUAUCUAAGAUUUAAAAAUUUAAUACAGGAUUUUCAUACCUUUAAGACUUUAACAAAAAUAAAAAACUUACCGGAAAGUCGAACUAACUUUC